AUGCCGAGGGACUCAGGGCUGGUGCUGUCGGACUACGUGCGCGCGCUCGAGCCGCUGGUCGAAAAGCUGCCCACUCGGCGGAAGGCGCCGAAGGAGGUAUGGGUCGAUCCCAUGUCCUGGGACGAACGCUUCGAGCAGCUCCUCGCCUACCGCCGCGAGAUGGAUGACUUCUCGCCACCCUUCAAGUCGGAUCACUUUCCUGGGUUAGGACAGUGGCUGGCGAAGCAGCUGAGCCAUCAGUAUCUGGGGAAGCUGGACAAGGAGAAGGAAGCCCGGCUCGCUGCCAUCGGAGUGCCGUGGCUCGAGUUCAGGGGCCGGCAAAGAAGACACUGGUGGGAGCAAUACGAGGAGCUGCGUCAGUUCUACAAGCGCUUCAGGCACUCGCGCGUACCGACCAUGUGGGAGGAGAACCUCCGCCUGUCGAGGUGGGUCAAGGAUCAGCGCGCCCUCUUUUGCGCCCGGCGGCUGAGCUUCGAGCAGAUCCACGCCCUCGAGCAGCUCAAGUUUGACUGGAAGAUCACGACGUGGGCCUGGACCAGGAAUUUCAAGGAGCUGCGCAACUUCAAGUCGAGAUACGGCCACAUGUACGUCUAUCGAUGGAAGCCUGCCCACGCCGAAACAGUAAUUGCCAAGUGGUUGAAGUCGCCGGACGGAAGGGCCGCCCGCAGGCGCUUCAGACGGGAACUCCAGGACGCCGAGAAGGCCGCUGCCGAGGGCAAGAAGGAGGAGCAAAGCAAAGACGACCGACGGUGGCUCAGCGACGACUAUGAAGACGAAGACGACGAAGGCGACGAGGAGAACGAAAACGAAAGUGAAGACGAAGGUGGCGAUCGUGAUCAGGAUAUUGUUGACUAUCGCGGGUCGUGGGAGGAGCUUAUCCCCGCCAACGAGACGGCCGAGGCCCUGCGCGAUCCGCGCUUCGACGAGUUCCACCGCCUGCCCUACAGCCACGAGGAGGCGACCGGCGCGGCGCACCAAGUCGACGACCUGUGGGAGCUCUCGUCCGAGCAGCGGGAGAAGGAGCGCGCGCUCGACGAGCAGCUGCGGCAGCGCGAGCUGAACCGGGAGAGGGCGCGCGUGCGUGCUCUGCAGCACUGGGUGACGUUCCAGCAGAAGCUCCACCGGCGCGGCCAGCUCAAGCAGGUGCGCGCGGACAUCCUGCGCGAGGUCGGCUUCGACUUUGGGCUCCAGCGGCAACUCAAGGUCAACGACGAGAACAGCUCCUGGUGGCGCCAUUACAGCCAGCUGGCCGCGAUCCGCAAGGACAACCCGAAGCUGCUGCAUCUGCGGCGCGACGCGCCCAUGCUCUACCGCUGGCUCGCCAACGCCCGCUACCGCCACUCCCGCGGCACGCUCUCGUCCAAGCAAAGGGCGGCGCUGGAGGAGGCGGGCCUGCUCGAAACGGGGAAGAACUCCUUCCCUCGCAUUCUGGCGCAGCUGCAGGAGUUUCACCGCGAGCACGGCCAUUUCCGAGUCCCGGCGAAGGCUGGUCCACUCGGGCGCUGGGCCGCGGGGCAGCGCUACGAGAAGCGCCACGGCCGAAUGCUUCCAGAGCGGGAGCGCGCGCUCGAUGACAUUGGCUUCGACUGGGGCCGACCACCUAAGGCCGCCACCACACCUCGCACAGAAAACCAAAAAGAAAACCACGAAAUAAAUUAA